GGACAUGUAAACCUCGAAAAAGAAGAAGAAAAGGAGGGACUAUAAUAACAGUCAAAAUUCGUAAAACCCUAAUCGGUAGCCAAUUUCCAGUAUGGAGGGAAUACAGAAGGCUUUUCGUAGUGCCAUGUCUCAGGCUGAUCCAAAUGGCAGUUUCAGUUCCAUUUCUUCUGCUCUUGAAAAAGUACCCAGUAAAUCUUUUGCUUCUGCUGCUUCUGUUUCGUCGGCUGAUCAAUCACAGCUUUUGCUUACUCGAUCUUCCAGACAAGCAGUAUCACUGUGGACUUGCUCAAAGCUCUGUGCCAUUUGUUUUGUUGCUGGAAUAUUUGUCGGUUAUACACUGAAGCGUCGUGUACGCCGAUGGGCUUCCAAAUUUCUCAAGGGAUUGAAGGACUAACAAGUUUUGGAUACUUCCAGUUUCUGAUUGUAAUUUCAUUUUCCAUGUAGGUAUCGUAUCACAUUGUACUUUUUCUGGCCAUGAUAUACAGAAGUCUUUUAUGGGUUUUUGCUGCAUAAGCACUGAAUUGUAUUU